UAGAGGCCGGGGUGGGAGGUCGUCGGCCUGAGUGUUUUCGCGGGUUGGUCAGUGUGAGGCGGUGACAGCUGCAGCUGCUCCCCGCCCCUGGGCGCCGAGGUUCGUGGGGGAGGCGAAGAGAGCGAUCCCGCGUCGCGUUUCCGCUCACUUCUUGCAGGGUGCCGGAGAUUCCAGAGCGCCGCGGCGGCGGUAGUCCUCGGUUUGGGAGCUCCGGGUUCCCAGCGGACAGUGCCUAACAGUUCUUCAUAUAGAGUUGAUGUUCUCCAAAUGAUAUUGAAUGAAUCAGUAGCAGAAGUUGGUCAUUAAACUGUUACUGAGUGAAAUCUGAGUAUAUCCUGUUUCUCUUUGACAGUAUGUCUGACUGCGGCAGUGGGACAGCCCUUGGCGCCUCCAUUCCAGACACAGAAGAGGUCAAGUCUGCUGCUGAGUCUACCAUGGCUCAGGAGUCUCCCAAAAGUUCAGCAGCAGAAAUUCCAGUGACUAGUAAUGGAGAAGUUGAUGACACUCACGAACAUGGCUUUAACAAGGAUUUGAAGCGUUCAUUGCCAUCUGGACUUGGUCUCUCAGAAACUCAGAUUACAUCUCAUGGCUUUGACAGUACCAAAGAGGGGGUUAUUGAAGCAGGAGCAUAUCAAGGUUCCCCAGAACCACCUUUGCCAUCUGUUAUGUCUCCUAGCAGGGUUGCAGCUAGUCAACUGGCUCAACAAGGAAGUGAUUUAAUUGUUCCUGCAGGUGGCCAGAGAACACAAACAAAAAGUGGACCAGUUAUUUUGGCAGAUGAAAUUAAAAAUCCUGCAAUGGAAAAGUUAGAACUUGUUAGAAAAUGGAGUCUGAACACAUACAAGUGUACCCGACAAAUUAUCUCUGAGAAGCUAGGCCGUGGCUCAAGAACUGUGGAUCUUGAACUUGAAGCUCAGAUUGACAUAUUAAGAGAUAAUAAGAAAAAAUAUGAAAAUAUCCUCAAACUGGCUCAGACAUUGUCCACCCAGCUUUUCCAGAUGGUGCACACUCAGAGGCAGCUUGGAGAUGCAUUUGCUGACCUGAGUUUGAAGUCUCUAGAACUCCAUGAAGAAUUUGGCUAUAAUGCAGAUACCCAGAAGCUGCUGGCAAAAAAUGGAGAGACUCUUCUUGGGGCCAUUAAUUUUUUUAUUGCCAGUGUGAACACUUUGGUGAAUAAAACGAUUGAAGAUACAUUAAUGACUGUGAAACAGUAUGAAAGUGCCAGGAUUGAGUAUGACGCAUAUCGCACUGACUUAGAAGAGCUGAACCUUGGUCCCCGUGAUGCAAACACUUUGCCAAAAAUCGAGCAGUCACAACAGCUGUUCCAAGCACAUAAGGAAAAAUAUGAUAAAAUGCGCAAUGAUGUUUCUAUCAAAUUGAAAUUUCUGGAAGAAAAUAAGGUUAAAGUGCUACACAACCAGCUGGUCCUCUUCCACAACGCCAUCGCUGCCUACUUCGCUGGGAACCAGAAGCAGCUGGAGCAGACCCUGAAACAGUUCCACAUCAAGUUGAAAACGCCCGGAGUGGAUGCCCCUUCCUGGCUUGAAGAACAGUAAAGUCUCACCUGGAAAGGAAAGAAAGCUCUGUCAUUGUAUUUGUCAGCACACCUGAUAAGAGUUAAAGAGAGCUGGGGAUGGUGAGGGGUGACAGCCAUGUAGUGAUUCUCACACAAACAGCUUUAAUAUUUCAUACUUUAACAAUUGAACUCCAUUUGAUAGGAAGGUGGGUGGCUUAAAUGUAAACAUUAUUUCUAUAAUUUGAACACGAUAAUUUUCCUUUUUGAGAAAUCCUUUUGUAUUUUGAGGGUUGAUGGCUAUUUCUGUAGUUUGAAAAUAUCUAAUAUAGAUUUGCACUGACAAGAUAAAAAUUUAAAGUUUUUGGUCCUAGAAAUGAGGGCCAGUUGUAACUUUUCCAAAGGGAGGUUUAUGUGAUUUGUAUCAACAUCAGAUAUUUUAUAUAUGAAUAUAUUAAACAUCUUUAUGGCAGUCAUUUUCAUGUAUUGUUUUAAAGAAAAAAGAAACUAUUUUGCAGAGUAAAUUAUAUGUGUUCUCAGCACCCACAGAGAUGGCAGUGCUACAGAAUCAUUGAUUGACUCAUGGGGUUGUGGCAGAUACCAUUUUAAAAAUGAAUCUGUACCAUUGUAAUUUGUGUAUUUUUUUUUAAAGACACAGGAAUUACACUGUCAUUUCUGUAAAGCUUUUAAGCUUGUGAAUUUGUAUCACCCAAAGUCAUUGGACAAUAGCAUUAGCAAUUCUUUUCUUUUGAUUUAUAAUGAAACCUACUUUAAAGAAAAUUUUUUUUAAACAAGUGGACUUGAGAAUGGAAAUUCUCAGUGGUUUCUGGAUUAGGAAUCUGUACUGAGAGAGCUAGGUUUUGGAUAAAUUCCACUUUAAUAGAAGUGAAUUCCUAAAGAGCUUUCCUUGACCUCCACGUAAUAAUACCGUUUAAGCCUUAAAUCACAGAUAUGUGCCUUCUCAAAUACAGUAAUUCUUACUCAACAGAUGUACAUAGCCCAUAGGAAGCCCCUCUCCCAUAGUGCUGGGCGUGUCUGUUCUGUGUCAUGGAACACUAUGUAUCAGUGUCGGGCUCUUCAUUCUCAUUAACCACACUGGCAGUUCAUGGUGAAAUCAGCUUUGUGUUUGUUGUUUGGUUCCUCAGUUCCUUUUGAAGAAGGAGAAGACAGGAUUUUUCAUUUGAGCAGAGGAAAGGUACAGCAGUCACGGAGAGGUGCCUGGAAAGGCCAGCAUUGGCUUCACUGUGCAAACUCGCUAUGUGAUGUGGUCCCUCAGUAACAGAUCCUUCUGUAUGUGUAAAGUCCCUUUGAUUUUAUCAUAGACGUAAAUUAAUAUUUUGAGAGAGAUCUGUUUUUCUGUUCAUUUCUAUUGUGUUGAAAUGAAGUACUUAAAAUUACUGUAAUACAUGAACUUCAUGGAUUGUAAGAUUUGUUAUAUAUGUUCAAAUGCCUCUUAGCUGGCUUUUUAAUUAAUAGAUGCCUAUUCUGAGUGCUUAAUAUAAUGUAAUGUGACUGUAAAUCAUAAACUUAUUUUAAAUCAUUCCCUCUGUACAUUUGUACUCUAAAAGAGCCUUAUUUUAUUCUUCCAGCGGAAUAACUCCUUAUGAUAGUUCAUUGACAUUCCCCAGAUGUGCCUCGGUGUGAAUUUUGUAUUCUUAUUAAAAGUGUUUGCUGCAGUACCAGAUUUCUCUGACCUUUGUAGUUUUAAAUUAGAAGUAACUAUUUGGAAAUUCUGAGGACAUACGAUUUUUUUCCUGUGAAAAAAUCAAGGAAAAAACAAGGAAAAUAAAAAAUGGUGCUUCUGUUA